AUGCCCUGGUCCCCGCUCCCACGUAUCGCAUUCGCUGUCGCCAUCUACCCCUUCAGCGCCUCGUCACCGGCCGAUCUUCCCCUCGAACUUGGCGACGAACUCUACAUCAUCGAGCAAGGCGGCCGAAAUGGCGAUUGGUUCCGCGGCUACUUGGUUGCGCCUCCGAGCUUGCUGGCCGGCCUGACGAGCACCAAGGGACAGACGCUCGAGGCCCGCGUUUUCUCCGGCAUCUUUCCUCGGAGCUGCGUCGAAGUGAGGGAGGUCCUCGGCGAAGAGGAGGACACGGAGGACGAGGGGGAGAGCCUCAAUGCGGUGCUAUUGACAAAUGGGCAGAAGCAGAGGACCAGCGGGAGUGGCCGAGGCAGCGUGUGUGAGGGUUCGUUAGGGAGUCCGCGGUCGAGGAAGAGCAAGUCAGGGAGUGAUAUUAGAAGCAGCGCCAGGAUGAGCAAAACGGAAAAGUCUAGCAAGAAGAGACGAACCACGAAUGGAGAACCCCCCGCCCUGGCUCUGGUCAAGAAACGAGACCCCAAUGCCCCCAAACCGCCGGCACCCGUACCGAUGCUUAAGAUAGGAGAUGAGACCCCGACGUCUGCAUCGGAGCCGCUGGUCGACGAAAUUGCCUCCUGUCUGCGGGAAUGGCAUUCUACGAAUCUGCAUGAGCUCCUGUUGUCGAGACAAUACCCCCUCUUGGAGAAAAUGACGAGUUUGGUACAAACGUUGGAUUUGUCGCGCAGGCAGUUUCUGCAUAAUGUCUUGACGACGAACGAAUUGAUGGGACUGCGAGAAAGGACCGUUUGGGAUCUGGUGAACGGAAAUAAGGUGUUCAAUGGCGAGGUCAUCGUACGGGAUCCUGCAGAAAGGGGGAGAGUGUUGACUGGUGAGGAUUCCGCAGUGGAGAUCACAAAGCUACAAUCGAUUAUGAGUUUGCUGGAGGAACGGCCUUCACCCCCUGCGCAUGAGAAACUUACUCUCCAUCACCUUCUCAUCGAUGUGAAAGCAUUUGUUGGGGCUUCCACGGAAUCUACCACGCUUGUCUUCGCCCUUGCUUCGAAAUCUCCAGGACAAACAGCCGUCAUUCUCUCAGAGAGCUAUAUCGUCGAGGUGCCACCAAGUGGAACAUUGGCAAGCCUAGCGGAGGCUGGACAAAUGCGAACGUUAUUCACGGAUCUGGCCUCAGCAGAUAUUGGAGAUAUGCCUUCUGCGGAUAGUGAGCUAUACUUGGUGGUGAAGGUGCGGUCUACGGAUCAAGUAUCGGCGGGGAAUCCGGGCUCGCGAGGGGGCUCAAGGGAGGGAACAGCAACGUCGUGGAAUGCAGAAAAGCCACAGUCAAGCAGUGGAACCAAAGUUGGGAGAAGAAGUCUGAUGUGGGGCCAGAAAGCGCAAAGAUCAGCAUUCUCACGGAAUGCGCCCAUUUCCUCGAAACUCAAUUCUCUAGCGGAGCAGGGAGAGCACCGAGGGUACAGUCAGGAUGGGCAUCCCCCGAGAACGUCGGAGUCUAGAGGACCUGCAACGCAUGACCCUAAAUCUGCCGCUGUUAGUAGGAUUGUCACGAGGACUGUCGGGAUCGGAGCAUUAAAAGUAAAUUCGGUGAUGAAACAGGAUGAGGAGGUUGAGCAGGUUAUGUCUAUCUGGGCGCCAUCAAUGGCGUUCAGGGAGGAGAAGCCCGAUAUGGGUGAGGGCUGGGAAGAAGUCAUUCGCGAGCUCAUGGACAGCAAAACAGGUGUUUAUGAGAAAUCGCGCAGAGCCGAACGACUGCAGGUACAUUUGAAAGCGUUUGAUAGCCCUGAUGCCGACGCGUUGAUCAAAGCUACCCCAACAUUGCUCUCGGGUAUCAUGAAAACAAGCAAAAUGGGGUUUUCUGGCGCCCCCACGAAACCCAGGUCUGAUAUCUAUGUCACGGUCGAUGGAGCUUUCCUCCCUCGCCAUGCGUUGCUGUCUCGUUCAGUUGGUAGCGCCCACCCUUUACCAUCCAAUAUCGGUGGUUCAAAUCUGCAGAUAAAGUUCGAGGUUCACCUUGCCUCUGGUGAGCGAAUCCAGGCGUGCAUUUUUCCAUCUUCGAACUCAGACGGUGAGAGCUCUUGGGAAUCCACCGCUGCGGAACGUGGAGAUUCGUGGAGUCAAACCCUUCGUCUAGCUAUCCCUGCCAACGACGUCCCUAGAGCACAUCUUGUAAUGUUACUGUCCGAUGUUCCCAACCAACCGUUCGCAAUUUGUUAUUUACCGCUGUGGGACCAACAGGCGUUCAUCCGGGAUGGCCAUCACUCGCUAUUGCUAUACAGAUAUGAUGAGUCUACAAUAACACAGCGAAGUCCUGGGAGAGCAGGAUACUUAAAUCUAGCUUGGAAUGCAAGGGGUAAAGACGAUGUCAGCAAAGACGAGGCCGUCACUGGACCCAUCUCUACGCUUAGGCUACAGACAUAUCUUUGCAGUACCUCCUUCUCCCAAGAUAAAGUCCUUUUAGGACUGUUGAAAUGGAAGGACCAACCACCGGGAGAGAUCCGGGAACUGCUAAAGCGGUUGGUUUUCGUCCCUGAGAUCGAGAUCGUCAAGCUUUUGAACGACGUGUUUGAUGCCCUCUUCGGGAUACUGGUCGAGCAGAGCGGCAAUGACGAGUACGAGGACCUCAUUUUUAGUGCCCUGGUAACUGUUCUGGGUAUCAUCCACGAUCGCAGAUUCAACCUAGGUCCUUUGGUGGAUCAAUAUGCAGAGAACAAAUUCAACUAUCCUUUUGCGACUCCAUGUUUGGUCAGGUCGUUCACGCGACUCCUAGCCAAUCCUUCUGAUCCCGAGACAUCGCGGAAGCUGCGAGCUACUUUCAAAGUGGUUCGUCAUAUCCUCAAAUUCAUCACCCAUGCCCGGGACCAACAAAAGGUGAAAGAAGCCGGAAUUGGGAUAACCAGCUCAUCUACUGGGUUUACGCGACACUUGCAGUCCAUCUUCAAGGCGUUGGAUGGCCUUAUGAGAAACCCGGCUCCUAUUCUUGUCGGAAGUCAGACUUUGGCUGUCCAGCACUUCCAUACCUGGUUGCCGGAACUUGCUGGUUUACUGGAUAAGGAGGAAAUACUCCAUAUCGCGAUCGACUUUAUGGAUGCCUGUGCCCUGGUUAAAGGCAAGCUCAUUCUGUAUAAACUUAUCCUCAUUAUCAACUAUUCCAAGUUGGACCUCUUUUCGCAGCCGGAACAGAGAGCUGCACUGAGUGCCAACACGGCUAGAUGGAUAGCACCACAUUGGGGGAAGGGUGCGGAAGUCACCGAACAGUGGAGAGACCAAGUUCGGCUGUGUUGUUCUAUCCUGUCAACCCAAGUCGAAGGACUAGGGCCAGAAAUUCCGGACUACCUACCCAAACUCAUCCAUUCUUACCUUGUGUUACAAGCAGCCCCGAAGACUGAGAAAACACGUCUCUCGCUUCUAUUUCCCACCACCUAUCCAUUUCCCAGCAAACCCAUUGCUGAACCUGCUCAUUUUGACGAAGCUCUUAUCGAGUUAUCCGCUGUCCUCUCCGCAAUUUCUACGCUACCUGCUGGCAUGCAGCUUGAACUCGCGGAUGAGGAUUUGGCUACCCUUCUAGAGGAUACAUUACAUGUCCAUCUCAGCAUUCUGCAUUGUGAGGCAUUUCCUGCAGAUUGGUUAAGUGUGCACAUCUACCACCACAAGUCGACGAUGAAGACGCUGGAAUAUAUUGCGAGUAUUUUGCUAGAGUCUUUCCUCCCAGAUCCAGAUGAUGCCGAAGGCUACAAUACCGAGCUAUGGAAAAGCUUCUUCACUACUCUGCUCAAGCUAGUUGGUAGUGAUGCGUUGGCGCUGGAGACAUUUCCCGAGCAGAAACGUCGAGCUGUAUGGAAGAUCGCGGGCGACAUCCGAGAACAGGGCGCAGACUUGCUAAGACAAACCUGGGAGACCAUCGGUUGGGACACGGGUCCAGACGAGCAACUAAAAUAUAACCUGUCGAAAAUGGGUGGUUAUCAAGUCCAAUACGUACCUGGGCUGGUCGGACCUAUUGUCGAGCUCUGUCUCAGCGUCCACGAAGGUCUCAGACGAGUUGCCGUUGAGGUCCUGCAAACGAUGAUAGUGAGCGAGUGGACGUUGAGCGAAGAUCUCUCAGUUAUUCAGACCGAGAUGAUUGAUUGCCUUGAUCGUCUGUUCAAAUGGAAACCAAUGACGGAGAGCAUCCUUCAGAAACUAUUCAUCAAUGAGCUCCUUGUGCUAUUUGAUCCUCUCGCUGCAUCAGGCGAUGAUCCUCUGUACCCUGCAUUGCAAGAGCUCAUUGCCACUAUUGGCGAGUUCUUAGAUCUACUGGUCGCGGUCCACAGUGCGGAUGUCACUGGCGAGGCUUCGCAUAUGAUCCAUCGAUUACGAUUGAUGGAGUUCCUGAGGGACAUGCAAAAGGAGGAAAUAUUUAUCACAUACGUCCAUCAGCUCGCGCAACUCCAAGCAGAUGCCAGAAAUCCUACCGAGGCUGGACUUGCGUUACGCCUUCAUGCCGACCUUUAUGAAUGGGACCCCACGAAGAUCGUACCUCCAUUAGCAGACCCAGAAUUCCCAGCCCAAUCUCAAUUUGAUCGCAAGGAACGGAUCUACUUCGACAUGAUCAAGUAUUUCGAGGAAGGCGAAUCCUGGAGUUGUGCCCUGGAUACGUACCAUGAGCUCCAGGUUCAAUACAUGGAAAAUGUUUACGACUUUUCCAAGCUAGCCCGGACUCAAAGAGCCAUUGCCAAUAUUUACGAGACAGUCGCAAAGAGCGAUAAACUUGUGCCCAAGUAUUUCCGUGUUACGUACCGAGGCAUGGGAUUCCUACCAAGUCUUCGCGACAAGGAGUUUGUUUUCGAAGGUUCGCCGACUGAAAAGACGUCAGCCUUCACAGAUCGCAUGCAAGAACAGCAUCCUACUGCACAGAUCGUCACUAGCGGAGAUAUUGAGGAUGUUGAAGGACAAUUCCUCCAGAUUUCUUCACUCACCCCCUAUCGUGACAUGGACCACCACGUCUUCCAACGGGCCCGAGUUCCUCAAGUCAUUCGGGACUACUUGCUCUCUGCUCAUCCACAAGUCUUUUCUGUGACCUCGAAACGAAACACUUCGGGUCCUGUUACUGAGCACUCCGCUGAGAAGAUUAUUUACACCACCGCCGAAGCUUUCCCUGCCAUCCUCCGCUGCAGCGAAAUUGUCGCCAUUGACCGACUGAAGCUCAGUCCCUUAGAAACAGCACUAGAACGCGUGAUCCGAAAAACUCAAGAGAUGUGUGUAGUUGAGAAACGUCUUGCCGAUGGGGAGGAAGACAUGGCUCCUCUCCUCAUCGACGCUUUGGACAUCUCCGUCAAUCCCAAUUCCGACACCACUGUUGCACGAUAUCGAGAACUUAUCCCCGAAACCACUGACGAGGAUGAGGAGGAAGUCGAGUUGCAGCCCCUCGAAAGCGCGCUAAAAGUCGCUCUCAUCGACCACGCAAUCAUGAUCAAACGCUGCCUAGCAAUGUUCGCCAAACCCAACUCCAAACUCUAUUUCCCCCGCGAGAGCAAGGAUGCACUAGCACAAAGUAGAUCUCCCCCAUCUCUCUUACACUCUCUACACCCCAGUCUCCAAAUCAGAAUUCUAAAAUCUAACACAGAUUUCGAAUCCACGUUCGCCCCCGAGCUCUCGUCUUUCUCCUUCCCACAAACCCACCCACGCAAUUCCACGCCUACACCCUCGUGGGCGAUCUCAAGUCCAAAUCUAAGCGAUCAUCGCAGAGAGAGCAUGCGCUUGCUGCCACAUAGUGGCACAAAUGGAACGCUUGCUACGCAGGAUACCAGUAUCCUCGAUUCUCCUCAUCGGAAUCGUCGACUUAGCUUUCUGAAACGCGGAACGGACCAUCAGCUCCAGGAGUCGAUAGGCGGAUUGAGUUUGUCAAACGGGAAUGGAAAUUCAGCCAAACCGCCCUUGGUCCCCAACGGAAGGGACGAAGCGAAGGAGAACAAACGCUCCUCGUCUUUCUUUCAUAGUAACGGCGUGAAUGGUAUCAGCAGGGCAAAUACACAGCCUUCGCUAACGGACGACUCGGGAUGGGUCACGCAAUCUGAUUUCUCAAGUGCUGUGACCGGUGGCGGAAAUGGAGACGGGUUGCAAAGGAGCAACUCAACCUCGACUAAAGCUGAUACAGUGAGUCGAGUGGGGAGUGUGAGGAAGAGACUUAGCAUGUUGAAGCUGGGGAAGAAGAGUAGUAAGGUUAGCGUGAUGCCGAUUGGGAGUGUAACUGAAGAGGAUUGA